UGGAAACGCUUCUGUUUUCAUGCUGCUCUGAGGAUGGUUCGCCUUGGUCUGCGACCUGUCCGCAAACGCUCGUUAACGUCCGCCAGCGUUUGUGAGAGGUGGUCGGUGUUGAUGUAAUUGGCUGGGAGGUGGUCGCGGGUGUGUGUUUUGUGUCCGGGUGGUGAAGGAGCGCAUAUUUAGGCUUUCGCUCGUUUUUUUGGAGUUCAGAUGAAACCAUCUUCAGAUUCACCUUCACUUCUUAACAUCUGGCUGAACAGCUGUCCGGAGCUUUAACUUUCUACUCGCCCACAGCCUUCAUCGCUAUCCUCAUCAUCGUUAUCGUCUGAGCAGUGUGGGUCCUCCUACUACAGCCUGAAAAUUCACUUUCACUCCGGAGGAGGAGGAGGAGGAGGAGGAGGAGGAAGAUCCGCUGCUGCCUUUUCUGAGGAUUAAACACUUCAGAUCAUCUAAUCAGGCAUGCUGUACUCUGAGCCAUACUGACACACGAACUCUCUGGUGAAACAUGGAGCUUUCUGCCGAUGCUCAAACGGAUCCUGAAAAAACACUGCACCAUGCAGAGAACAGAGAGCAGCCUGCCCCCUCAGCUCCUGUGAUGCCUGGAGAUGAUGCAGCACUUCUGACGCCGGUGAGGAUGACUCAGCGUGGGAAAGAAACGGGAAUACACACCCCCAACAAAGACCUCCUCUUGACCCCCUCCCUCAGCCCAGGGGUCAGCACACAUGGUUUUGAGCGAAAGGAAGAAAUCUUACCUUUGAAAGAGGACUCUUCACUCUCCAUAUCAAAAAGCAAAUCUGAGACUAAACUCUAUAAUGGAUCAGAUAAAGAUGUUUCAACCUCCGGGAACAAACUCACCAAGAAAGAGUCUCUUAAGGUACAGAAGAAGAACUACAGGGAGGAGAAGAAGCGAGCAACUAAAGAGCUGCUGAGCACCAUCACUGAUCCAUCUGUUAUUGUCAUGGCCGACUGGCUCAAGAUCCGCGGUACACUGAAGAGUUGGACAAAGCUGUGGUGUGUGUUGAAGCCCGGCGUAUUACUGAUCUAUAAGACGCAUAAGAACGGGCAGUGGGUGGGCACCGUGCUGCUGAGCGCCUGCGAGCUUAUUGAGAGACCCUCAAAGAAGGACGGAUUUUGCUUCAAACUGUUUCACCCUCUGGAGCAGUCUAUAUGGGCCGUGAAGGGCCCUAAAGGAGAAGCUGUUGGCUCUAUCACGCAGCCACUGCCCAGUAGUCACCUCAUCUUCCGUGCUGCCUCUGAGUCUGACGGCCGCUGCUGGAUGGACGCUCUGGAGCUGGCUCUCAAGUGUUCCAGCCUGCUGAAGAGAACGAUGAUCCGGGAGGGAAAAGAAGAACCUGCAGCUGCCACAGAAACUUCACACACGCACACACACAUCAACUUCUACAGCCUGCUCAGAGCACACAACAUGCAGGGCUUCCAAUUCAGUGAUGGUGAGCAGUUUAAGGAUGUGGACCUGUACUCCGAUAAAUCGGACAAAGAGAAUGACCAGGAGGAGAACGAGUGGGAGAAGAGUGAAGAGAGUGACAGCGACACCAGCGAACGACAGGACGACUCAUAUGCUGACCUGGAGCCCAGUGAGAACCUGAGGGAAACGAUCUAUGUUCAACAGAGCCAUGAGGAGCUGGGCGAGGCCGGUGAAGCGUCUCAGACUGAAACCGUAUCAGAGGAGAAUAAAUCUCUGAUCUGGACACUGCUGAAACAGGUACGGCCGGGGAUGGACCUAUCUAAAGUUGUUUUGCCCACCUUCAUCCUGGAGCCGCGGUCAUUCCUGGAUAAACUGUCUGAUUACUACUUCCAUGCUGACUUCUUGUCUGAAGCUGCUGUGGAGGAGAAUGCAUAUAACCGCAUGAAGAAGGUGGUGAAGUGGUACAUCUCUGGAUUCUACAAAAAGCCAAAGGGUCUGAAGAAGCCAUACAACCCCAUCAUCGGAGAAAUGUUUCGCUGCAUGUGGAUUCACCCUAAAACCAACAGCAAAACAUUUUACAUAGCAGAACAGGUUUCCCAUCAUCCACCAGUCUCUGCCUUCUAUGUUAGUAACAGAAAGGAUGGUUUUUGUCUGAGCGGCAGCAUUCUGGCCAAAUCCAAGUUCUACGGAAACUCUCUAUCAGCCAUUUUAGACGGUGAAGCCAGACUGACCUUCCUGAACAGAGGAGAAGAUUACAUCAUGAACAUGCCAUACGCCCACUGCAAGGGUAUUCUCUAUGGUACAAUGACUCUGGAGCUGGCAGGCCAGGUGUCCAUCACCUGUGAGAAAACAGGGUAUAGUGCCCAGCUGGAGUUCAAACUAAAGCCAUUCCUGGGUAGUAAUGACAGUGUUAAUCAGAUCAGUGGGAAAAUUAAACUGGGGAAGGAAGUGCUGGCUACACUGGAGGGACACUGGGAUUGUGAGAUCUUUAUAAAUGAUAAGAAGACAGGUGUGGUGGAGACAUUUUGGAACCCGACGCCAGAACUACGGCAGAGUCGUCUCACCCGUUGUACCGUCCCACAUGAGGAACAGGGCGAAUUUGAGUCUGAGAGAUUGUGGCAGCAUGUGACAAGGGCCAUAAACAAUAAGGACCAGACAGAGGCCACCAAUGAGAAGUUCAUUCUGGAGGAGGCUCAGAGGAAAUCGGCCCGUGAGAGGAAGGCGAAGUGUGAAGAGUGGACUCCAGCACUGUUUGAGCAAGACCCAGGCACAGGAGAGUGGCAUUACAGAUAUGCAGAUACUCGUCCAUGGGAUCCGCUGAAUGAUCUGAUCCAGUUUGAGAAAGAUGGCUGUAUUCAGACUAAAGUUCGUCACAGGACUCCUAUGGUACGUUCAGCCAGUGUAGUUAGUCUCAGUGCCCAGCAGGGCGCCCGGAGGGACAAUUACCUGAGCCAGGUAACGGGACCAAAACGGAAGCACAAACAGAACGAUAAGCCCAAAAACCCAGAAAGUGGCUGCUCCUCUCCGGAACCAGAUCGACAGGACUCGUCUGGCAGUGAGAGGCACAAGAGUAAACCCAGUAGUCGCCUGAGGAAAAAAGCUCCUGAACUUUCUGAACUUCAGAGUGCAGUGGAGUCCAUCAGACACACACAGGAGGAGAUCAACAGGAGUAUCAGUGCUCUGAGGAGUCGAGUGUCUGUUCAGUCUGAGCCCAGCUCCUUCUUCACUCAGAGAGAUUACGCCAUCAUCCUCUUCCUUAUCAGUGCACAGAUCAUCCUCGCCAUCAUCUUCAAAUAAACUUAAACUCAGGAUUAAAGACUAAAGCUCAUCUUCAGAUUGAGUCUGCAGAUUAAUCUUGAGCUCAAACUCAGGAUUAAGGACUGAACCAGAACUGGACAUCACUCCGUCCAUCGCUCUCUCACUGUUGACCUCUAAACACCUCCACUUUAACUGAUUUUUUUUUUUACACUCUGAAGGAUUCCACAUUUUAGAAAGAGGUGCUCGAGCAUGGCCAGCAGGUGAAGUGCAUUUUGUGGACUGCACGGCAAAGGGGAAAGCCGUUGGAAUGAAAGCACCAACUUUUGCUGUAUUAUUUUUUAUCAUUAUUUUAAAGAGUGCUUGUUCCUACUGCUGUGUAUGUGUGUGUGCGCGUAUGGAUGUGUAGGAGAAACUGUCUUCUCCAAAAAAAGCAUAAGAAAAAAAGGAAAUGAGUGAAACAGGACUGACAUGUUUGAGGAAAACUUUAGUUUCAGAUGUUUUUUUUAUAAUUAACACAAAUGUGUGGGAACAAUUUCACCAGUCUUAAUGUUAAUAGGAGUGAAACAGUAUCAAGUCAAUCUACAUUUCAUAUCUGUAGUUUACAGUAGCUAAUAUAGAUAUGUAGAUAUUAAUAUAGAUAAUAUAGAUAUGAAAUAUUACUCUAUAAACAGCAUCAACCUCCAUGCAAAUCUGGCACUAAUUUAGUGUUAGCAUGAGGAACAGAAGCUUUUGGUUUAGGAUUAUGAUUAGGAUUUAGAUUUAGGGAUUAGGUUUAGGAUUAGGAUUGAUCUUGCUGUUAGAGUUUAGUGAAGGCUGUAGCAGAACUUCCUGUAGCUUCAUCCCUUCUGUUUUAUGUAAAUAUGAUUAAAGCCAAAUAGGCCGUCAGGCUCUGUAGGAACGACUUACAGUUACAGUGAUUCUACUUGUUUUUCUUAAAGAAACGUGUUACUGUUGUCGACACGCGUGUCUUUGAUUGGUGUGUGUGUGUUGGGUAUGUGUGUGUGUAUAUCAGACGGUUGAAUGUGGUCAUACCAGUAAUAACUCCAGAUUAAUCAUUAAUGUGCCUUUCAGAGCAGCUACAGUGGGGAUGGGGUUCUGAGUGGGUGUGUGGUGUGCGGAGCUUGUUUUCAUGUUUUUAUUUCUGUUCUUUCAAUUUUGGUUGUUUUCAUUCUGUUUGUUCUCUGCGUGGAUAGUGCCAUAUUCAGCCAUAGAGACACGCUUUAAUCCACCUAUCCACCCACCACAGCACAACAAAGAGUUAGUGUGUGUGUGUGUGUGUGUGUAUCAAAAUGAACUGAAGCUCAAUCCUGCCAGUUCUCUUUCCCUCCCCCUCCCUCUCUCUCCCCCUCCCUCUCUCUCUCUCUCUCUCUCUCUCUC